AUGUCCAAAAUUUGCCCCAAGACCGCAGGUUCUGUCGACCUUCCACCCCGGGACCUAGAACAAUCCAGAUACGAACAGUUCGUAGGUGUGACUGCUAGCGGCGCUCAGAUCUUCUACACCGUGGUCGAAGACAUUCUAUGCCGCAAGGAGCAAGAUGAAAGGAUCAGGAAGGCAAACUAUAAUACUAUUAUAUUCUGUAUAGUUACCGGUACGCUGCAAAACACAACUGCAAAGUCUUCAAAACAUAAUGACUCUCGGUAAAAUACAUUCCGGUAUAUUAUACAAAUAACCGAUACGAUAGAACCGAUGGGAAGGUAAUAACAUUAUACCACACAGCAUUUGUAGUCAGGGAGGGGAGGGCGAUGUCAAUUAUUUAUUCCUCGGUAUUAUAAUAAUUAAUACCAAAGAAGGUAUACUCAUACAUAACAAAUUUAACCGAUACUACGUUAUAUUAUACGCGCAUCGUUGAGUUUUUGAUAACGCGAUUAAAAUACAACCGCCACCGGUCAACGGGCAACAAAACGUUUACAAUAUUAUUAUUAUUAUUAUUAGAGUACAACCUCCUUAUAAUGGACCCAUAUAAGACAGAAAUUUCCUUAAAAUAGAAUACAACAACAGUUCUGCAUAAUCUAUAUUCCGUACAGACCCUGUAAGGUUAGAUAUCUUCUAGAAGAAAAUCGCGUCUAAUUUUCGUCAAAAGCAAGUUUUUUAGUAGAAAAGUUACUUUAAAAAGAUUUAAAAGACAAAAUUAUUUGACUUAGCAGAAAUGUUUGAAAAUUUAACAAGAGAUUUAUUAAGAUAAGUUGUAAUUUGUGGUAAAAAAAAAAUUGAGUAAUGUAUACAUUUUUUAUAAAAAUGUUAAUAUCAAGUUUUGACGAAAUUUGUAUAUAUUAGGGCCUUUUAAAAUAUGUAUAAUCGAACUUCACUCCGAAUCGUUUUUCAUUAACAACAAUUUAUCGGUACGUAUAAAUUAAAUUCCCCUGUAUAUCCGAUCUUUCCAACUCAUCACCUAUCUGUCGUGCGAAGUAUGUCCGUCUUUUUAAUAAUGUAGUUUAUUUCACACUUUAUUCUUGAGUUGUUCAGUUAGUUAUUGCCAAGUAAAUAAGCUCUACAGUAAAGUUAGAUUAACCAAGACAAAGGUCGAAUAAAAUAAGGGAUAAUGGAUGUUUCAACUAUAUUACAUUUUUGGCAAGUUUUAUCCGCCAAGUUAAAACUGCUUCGAUAAUAUAUUAGUUUGUAGUCAUCAAAUCCCGUAGACAGUAAAGCUCAUUUAAAGAGUUUUCAUCGUGUGGCCGAUUCAACAGUUAAACAGUCAAGAAAGGUGUUUAUUUUUUUUGUUAUGUGAACACUAUUACUACUAGAAAGCAUACUCCGGUUAUCAAAUAUGGCACCUUUUCUGAAAAAAGUGUUCUCUAGGUAGUACUUUAAAGAAGUCAUUUUUUAAAAUUAUUUUUAAUAUUUGAAAUAGUAAAGAAUACCUGGUUCUUUGGUUAGAAAAUAUUAAAAGUAAGGUUGUCAUUGGCAACCGUUUUUAUUUAUUUGUUGUUAUCAUUAAGUUUUAUUAAUUUGUUGUCAUCAUUAAGUUUUAUUAUUUUAAAUAUUUUUUAAACAAUCAUUGUUAUCAUGAAAACGCAAAUUUUUGUAAUCAUUUUACCAUAAUAUGACAUAUAUAUUGUUGACAAAGCAACGCUAGCAACUGAACUCCGCUCAAAAUCGUGCUUUCGUUAGUAAUGGCUCAUCGUUGCUUACAGAUAUACAUUGAAUUCCUGUCUGUAUCUUACCUUUCCAUACUCUCGAAAAUAUCAAAUCCAUCAUCUAUUAUUACUUUUAUUUUAUUUUUUUUAUAUAAAUGGAAAAAUCUGAAAUAAUGAAGCCGUCAUUUCCUUAAACUUUACCAAUUUUUUCUCGGUUUUUCUCGGUUUUCCAGGUUUUUUUUUUCUAAAUUACCUCAUAUUACACCAACAAAAUACAAUUUUCUUUCAGACAAGAUGUUGGACUUAAAAUUCGUGGUAAGAGAUCUGGCCAGAAAAAUAAAAUCAAAACAUUUGCAAAAGAUUAA